AAAAUUCAUAAACAAGUUGUCAGGCUAUACUCGACUUUUGGAAUUUUCGCUUACUUGUGUUACCGUGAAGCGAAUAGAAAACGUAACAAUAUUAAAACUAAGAAAUUAUGUUCGAAUGUCAAGACGUAUGUAGGUUAUGUCUCGCUGAGAACAAUUUGGGCCCAAUAUUUAGUGAUACGGAACGUAGUGAGAGAUACACCACUGUAUUGUCACUAACGACCGGUCUCAAAAUCGAACCCAAUGAUGGUUUACCGCAAAAUAUAUGCGAGAAAUGCACUUAUUUAGUCAACUGUGCAUUGCGCCUCCGGAACAGAAGUUUCAUAUGUGAUACAAAGCUGAGGAAACAAAAAUAUAGAACGAACAAUGAAGUACAAACACUCUUAAACAAUGUUGAUACAUUUGAUUAUAAUUCAUCGGAAGAUUACAAUAAUUACAGUGGAUUAAAAGAAUUCAACGUUCAAAUAGAAUUUGACAGGUUGACAGAGGAAAAUCAGGACGGUUUCCCGCCAAAACCGCAUGAGGCUAAGGAACAAACUGUGCAAUCUAAAAUAAAAAAUGUAAAAGGCGAAAAAGUGACACGGAAAGAGAAAAGGGACAGGUAUUUGAGUUUAGUCGAUGGUGAUUUCGACGCGAACGGUCCUGUGAAAUGUAAAGUUUGCAAGAAGUCCGUAAGUAAAUGGUCGUGUUUUAUCAGUCACGCGAAAUUACAUUUGGGCUUCAAAUUUAUGUGUGAAUAUUGUGGGAAAAGUUUCAUAUCUUCCACACAAUUGAAGCGCCACUGUCGUUCCUAUCACGGUAUGCGACGAGAGCUGGCCUGUAAACACUGCGACUAUCUCGCUCUGGAUAACGCUCAACUAGCGUUACAUGAAAGGCGAGUGCACACCGGUGAAAGGCCAUUCGUGUGCGACCAUUGUGGGGCGUCUUACUAUAGCAGACGAUGCCUGGUGCAGCACCUAGAGAGCCAUAGAGACAUCGGCACUGUACAAUGCACCGAGUGCGAUCAGCUGUUCAAGUCGCGCCGCCAUCUUGCCCGCCACCGCUACUCGGCGCAUGCGCGGGCGCGCGCCGCCUGCCCGCACCCGGCGUGCGGCCGCGUCUACAGCCGCAAGUACUUGCGCGCGCACGUCGCCAAGCAACACCCUAAUUUAUUCACUCCCGACGACAGUGCCGACGUUUGUAUACAGUGAUCAUGAUUGUACACAAUGACGGCGUCUGUGGACAGUGAUGACGUCUGUAGACAGUGAUGACGACUGUAGACAGUGAUGACAUCUGCAGACAGAGACGAUGUCUGUAGAUAGUAAAGGCGUCUGUAGACAUUACUGUCAUUACUGACGUUUUAUAGACAGUGCCGACGUCUGUAGACAGUGAAGGCGUCUGUAGACAGUGAUGACGAUUAUAGACAGUGAUGACAUCUGCAGACUGUGAAGAUAUCUGUAGAUAGUAAAGGUGUCUGUAGACAGUAAUGACGUUUAUAGACAGUGCCGACGUCUGUAGACAUUGAUGGCGUCUGUGGGCAGUGAAUACGUCUGUGAACAGUAAUUAUGUCUGUCGACAGUGAUAACAUCUGCAGAUAGUGACGACAUAUAUAGACAGUGACGAUGUCUCUAGAUAGUAAAGGCGUCUGUAGAUAGUGUUGAUGUUUGUAGACAGUGGGGCCAAUUCUGAAGCACCAUUACUGUAAACCUAUCUCUAAAGUUAAAAUUUCAAUUUGAUAUCACAACGAAAACUUUAUUGUUUUGUUUGUUUUCAAAAGUUCUUUAUUUAUCAUAAGUGAUUACAAAUAUAAUAAAUUCCAGUGUACGUAAGCCUAGAAUUUAUAAUCGGCCAUAAAUCGUUCGGCGAGUAUUAUACACUCCUUCAAGCAUUUAAAAUAGAGAUACAAGUACUCGUAUCUAUAAUUCUACACAACAUAAAACUUUAUUGUAAGGACUAAUUUGAAGUAAUUUUCUAAUAAAUUUGUCGUAAUUAUUAUAAUUUUAUGUAAUGAUAGUCUAUAAAACAGUUAUUUCGCUAAAUAGUGCCACAUCAUUUAUCCUAGUGUUGAUGUUGGUAGAUGAUGAUGACGU